AUGCCCGUCUACAUUGCCGUCCAGGCCCUGUUCGACGGCCUAGGGAGCAUUCCCUAUGCCUGGACAAUCGUCAAAGCCCUCCCAUGGCUCGCCCUCCUGGUCUUGCUGAAGCGCUACUUUGGGGGUGCUGUCAACACCUCCGAGCGUAACAUGCACUCCAAGGUUGUCAUGAUAACGGGAGGCACCGCCGGUAUAGGAGCCCAGGUUGCCCGCGAACUGGCCACCCGCGGAGCCCAACUCGUGCUCCUCACCCAGCAUGAGCUGACCGAUCCUUUUGUCGUCGACUACAUCGAUGACUUGCGGGCGACGACGAACAACUUCCUCAUUACUGCCGAGCAGGUCGACCUCUCAUCGCUCCACAGCAUCCGCAAAUUCGCGACCAAGUGGGUUGACAAUGCUCCUCCGCGCCGCCUGGACAUGAUCAUCCUCUGCGCCAACACAUUCACCCCGGCCGGCGCCAAGGUUAGAACGACCGAGGAUGGUCUGGAAGAGAGCUGGGGCGUCAAUUACAUCGCAAACUUCCAUCUGUUGAGCAUUCUCAGUCCCGCCCUGCGCGCCCAGCCCCCGGACCGCGAUGUUCGCAUCCUCUUCAGCACGUGCAGCUCCUACAUGGGUGGACAGCUGCCCGACUUCUCCUCCAACGGCGAAGAGAAAAACAAGAACAAAGCCAGCAAGUCGAAGAAAACCGGCCAGUCCAAGCAGGUCCUGGAAUUCAACGCCUCCUCGGCCGAUGCUACUUCAAAGCUCGCUUCCAUGGUCUUCGCCUCGGCCUUUCAAAAGCACCUGUCCGCCUAUGACCGACCGGAUAAGUUUCCCAUGAACUCCCGCGUCUUUGUCAUCGAUCCGGGCUGGACGAGAACUCCUGGGAUGCGUCGGCACCUCACUUUUGGAAGCCUGUGGGGACUGGCACUAUACCUGGUUAUGUGGCCCUUCUGGUGGCUUGUCUUGAAAAGCCCAGACCAAGGAGCACAGACCUACCUGUACGCAGCGAUGGAGGCCCAGCUGGGAAAGGCUGCGGGAGGAAAGUUUCUGAAGGAAUGUAGGGAGGUGCGGUUUAUGCGUGGGGAAAUCGAGGAUGAAAAGGUGCAACAAGGCCUCUGGCAAGCCAGCGAACGGACCAUCGAGGAGCUUGAGAAGAGGGGGGCCAUGACACGUGCUCAGCAGAAGAAAAAGGGAGAGGACGCGGAGAAGGCAAAGAAGCAGGCCGAGGAACUGGCAGCGUUGGACGAGCUGGUCAAAACGGCCAAGGCCGCGAAAGAGCAGGAUUCAAAGAAGGAAAACAAGCCUGGUUCGAAGCGGAACAAGAAGUCGGAUAAGUAG